ACUCGGUGACAGCAGCCAGCUGCUUCCAGAUUCAGAGCUGAGAAAAUGUGAAAAUAAGAGGAAAGAAAUCGCAGUGACAGCCUCCAUAUGAGCACACAGCUCUUCUUUUGUUUCUGUGUGACGUGACGCCAUUAGAAAACUUUAUGUAAUAUCAUGAUUUAAUGUUUUAUUAUUAAUUAAUUAGCGUUUGGACGCAGACACGCAGUGGUGGGACUUUAAACACUGACUGAACUGCCUGAUAAAUAAAAACCGAGUGCGGAACAAUGAAUGCUGGGUGUGUUCAGAGUGAUGUGAUGAUGUGGAGGAAGGAAAACGAAAGUGAACACUGCUGAACAACUUUUUGUGCACACACACACUCACACUCAGUGCUCAUCGACUCAUCUCAGCAGAUUCAGGCAACAAGACUUGUGCACGGAACAGGUGACGAGGCUCACCUGAAGAUCUGAAGAGAGGACAGACAUGUCUGCAGCCAGAAAGGAGCUGCAGGAGGCCUUGUGCUGCUACAGCGCAGAUACUCUCAUCUACAUCGACACAGUGAGAGGAUUCUGUGAGAGGAGCUCGAAAUGGAUGCUCGGGAGGGAAUCAGAGUUGGACAUGCUGCUGGACAUCAAGGAGAGGGCUAACCAAAUCAACCUAAACAUAGAGCAUGUUACCAAGUCGGAGAGCAAAGGUGCAGCCUUGUGGGAGUAUGUGAAGAGCAAGUUCACCCAGGUGACUGCAGACAGCCGGCUUGCAGAACUGGAGAAGGAGCUGGCUGCUGUGCUGAAGGACACUCUGAUAGGGUUGGAGAAGCUGGACCGCUUCCUGGAUGCAGUGGAGAAGCUGGCGGUCACCUCGCUCCAUGUGUUCACGGAGGAGAACCAGGUGUUACAUCUGCCCAAAGGAAUCAGCCCUGAACAGGUUCAGGUCGUCAUCGGUGCCGCACGACUGAUCUGCCCUCUCCUCCUCGAGUUUAAAAGAGAUGCGAGUGUCUUCUUCCUUCCCAGACUUCAGAAUGUGGAAGUGCUGUCAUAUCAGCUGGACAAAUACAUUCAGACCACCCAGAAGAUCUGUGACAAGCUGGAGAAAAGCUCCUUCUGUGACUUUGGACUGAAGAUGGCUAUGAACACUGUGGUAGACCUCGAUGUGGAUUUGUCUGAAGAUGACGUACAAAGGAUGCUUUAUCACAUUAAUCAGCUUAAUGACAUCAGGAUGAACCAAAACUUCCGGACGGUGUUCUUGUUCCAGGAGGAAUCUGGUUCUGGCUUCAUCGAUGAGUUCAGUGAACGUCGACCCAGGAUGCUGCAGUUUCUAACCGACCUGGAGGAGAAUGCUGUUCAGCUGGACCGGAUGAAUAAGGGGGCCAAGAUUUCCAGUGUGGCAGGCAGCUCAGUGGGGGCAGUGGGAGGUGUGCUUUCCAUUGUUGGUUUGGCACUGAUUCCUGUAACAGCUGGAGUGUCUCUAGCUCUGACUAUGACCGGGGUAGGGAUGGGAGUUACCAGUGGAGUCAACAGUCUCGUCACCACCGCCACAGAGAUCGGAGUGAACCGUAAACAUCAGAAGGAAGCCAGUGAAACCUUCCAGAGCUUCAUGGAGGAUGUGCAGAUUCUCCAGGAUUGUCUGGAUGAUGUCACCAAAAGGGAAACAGACCACAUCGAUGUGGCUCUGGAAGUAGGCAAGGUGCUGUGUAAAGCUGCUGUUAUUGGAAAUAGUAUUGAUGCACUUGUUGAUGGUGCUUCUGCUUUUAAGAUGUUAAAAACUGAAGAGGUGUUAGCCAGUGCUGGGAAAGUGGUGGCCCAGGAAGGUAAAGCAUUACGUAACGUGCCCAGGGUGGCCGCAGACAUCCCAGAUAUCGGUCAGGCAGCUGCCAAAGGCCCUCUUGCCCUCUCCAAGUCAGCCAGAGGAGGUCUCAUCGCGCUCAAUGCUCUUUUCCUCGGCAUGGAUAUCUUCUUUAUCUGCAAAGACAGCAUCAGUCUGUCCAAAGGCAGCGAGACUGAAGUCUCACAGUUCAUCCGAGCCAGGUCUGCACUCUGGAAAUCAGAGAUGGACUCAUGGCAGAAGAUCUGCGAAUCCCUGCGAGAAGGUCGACCGACAUCGGAGAAAAACAUCAUUAUUCUGGAGACACCGUUUUAUCCGGAGACGGAGAUGAAGAAAGAAAAAGAAACAGAGAUGGAAAAAGAAACAGAGAUGGAGCUUCCAUCUGAUGAAGUGGAUGACAAACUGAAAAAAGAGCUUUGUGUAAUACAGUAGUGCUCAGCUAACAGAGAUCACUGUGUGCCUUUAUGCCAACUACGACAUUAUUUACUGUGUUUGAACCAUGUAUGAAAAUUCAACUCUGCUUAUAGCUCAGUGUUCAGCCUCGAGAAUCAUUAAUUAUCAGUAAACCACCUUUGCUAAGCCUGUUUCAAAACAUAUCAUGCCCCAAAAUGUAAUAAAUGUGUGCAAUGUAAAUAUGA